ACCUUUGUCUACUUCCCAUUGCCAGUUCUCAACAUGACAGAGCCGGAAGUUCGAUCACAUCUAUGGGUGAAGAUGAGGAAAAUUCUACGAGAACUCUAUCACGUUGCCGAUGAUUAUGACUACUUCUACAAGGCCGAUGACGACACUUAUGCUUUCGUGUCAAAUCUACGCCAGUUUCUUGCCGCUGAAGAUGAACCUUCGGAGCCCGUAAUGUGGGGCUAUCGCUGGAUGGCGAAACGCCUGAGUUUCCGUCGACCUUAUGUUCUACUUGGACCCAAAUUGCACGACAUUAGCAAAAUACACUCAUUCCCAAACAAAUUUUGUUUUGUGGGUGACUCACCUGGAACCCAGGUUAAUCUCUCGUUUAUGUUUAGAACCAGCGGCUCAGAAAAAGAUAUCGUAACUAGGUGCUUUCUUGAGCUUUGCAGUGACAUCACUCCACAGGCAAUCAGUUUUUUCAUCAAGACCUUGUUUUCAACAUUUACACAACAGAGGCUUUGUCCAGGUGGAUAUUUUUCUGGUGGAUCUGGGUAUGUUCUCACACGUGAAGCUUUGAAGCGCAUUGUUGAGCGGGCUAUCGAUCGACAUCCAGAUUGUCCGACUACAGACGAAGAUAAGGAAGACGUUAAAAUGUGCUUAUGCGGUCGCGCAGUUGGUGUGAGGCUGGAGGACGGACGGUUAGAGAACGGAAGGGAUCUUUUUUAUCCCUACAGCGCUAAAACGAUGGCCCAAGAAAAUAUGAAAACCCUAUAUUUUGGUCUAUGGGGUUCGGAUCCAAAGAGUUCUGUGCUCGAUUUCGACCCAUCGCAUAUCAGUUUUCAUUAUAUUGAGAACAAUGAAAUGUACAUUUUUGAAUUUCUGACAUACUACCUACGUCCUAUUGAAUUUGUAAUUUGA